GUUUUGCUACCCUAGACCCCGCGCCAUCUUGGAGCGGUUUUGGGGUUGUUCACACUAAAGCUAUGAGCAAAGUCUCUUUCCGGGCACGACAGAUCGACUUUAAUAAACCGCUGCCGAUCGUGAAGGAUGGUUCAGACAUACUCGCAGAAUUCAGUGAGAAUGCUUUUGUCAAUCGUGGAGUGCCGCAGAUACCCAGUGGAAUGGAAAAAGAGGAGGAAAAUGAACACCACUUCGUCGAAGUCAUCCAGGCUCUUCAGCUCAACUCCGGUGCAGAUGUCAAGAUUCCAGUCCCGGACAUCAUCGAUCGGAGCACUUGGUACAAAAAGUUAUACUCAGAUGAAUUUGCGCUACCUACCCAACUGGUACAUAUCAGAAAUAUUGUCUUGGCUGAGGAUGAGCCGACGGAUUAUGACAUGGACACCGAGGAUGAAGAGUGGCUUAGUCGCAGUCAGCUGGAUGUAACUCCCCAGAAAUUCGAGUCUAUGAUCGACCGGCUCGAACGUGGGUGCGGACAGAAAGUGAUGAACCUAGAGGAGGCAAAUUACUUACUCCAGGACGACCCUUCUCUCGUUAUCGCUGUUUAUGACUACUGGCUGAAUAAGCGUGUACAGUCUCGACAGCCGCUUUUGUUUUCCGUCCGUCAAGAGAGGCGUGAUAGCGGAAGUAAUGCGGACCCUUACGUUGCCUUCCGUCGACGCAGUGAGAAAAUGCAAACAAGAAAGAAUCGGAAGAAUGAUGAGCAAUCUUACGAAAAAAUGCUUAUACUUCGUGACCAGAUGGACACUUUAGGGGAGAUACUAUCGGUGCUCGUUAAGCGGGAGACCACGAAGGAAGCGAUUGUACAGAGCAACCUACGGAUGUUCGAAGCAAGAUAUCGUUUACAAGAUUGGGAUGGAGUGCAUUUGCUGGAGGCCGAGAAUGUUGCUCGAAAAUUGCAGCGACCUGCAGACGGAAUUGACACCAUACGUCCUCCAAAGGAAUCGGUCCGUAAACGGUCCACUCGGAAGCGGAAAUUGACCCACCGAAUCCUCAACUUGUCCAUCCGAGCAGAAGAUGCAUCCGACACCGAACGUAAUGAACCGGACGCCGAUGGACCGUUCGCUUUCGUCCGGAUGCAGGGCUGCCGGUAUCUGAGACCCAGGGACGUCGUCGGUGACCAAGCUAACGCACAACCCCGUGAGCCUCAUUAUCCUCAUUUGCGGUAUAGUCUGACCACAGUACCAUCGGUGUGUCACCCUGAACGACGGACGUACACGGGCUACAUCCGUCGUCGUUUGGGUCGCGGUGGCAGAAUCGUAUGUGAUCGUCUACAACCCCCUGCUGACCUAGUGGAUUACUUGCGAAGUUACGACCAAAGGAAGACGAUCGGUUGCACAUAUUUGUCUCCGAAUGCUGAGUUACCCACGCAUUUGCAUACCAGACAAUCACAAGCCAAGGAUGUCGACCUACUUCGAAGACUAAAACCUGUCCUGCUUUCCAGUCAUCGUCGUCGGCCUUCAUUUCAGUGGCCCAUUUGUACAGAAUUUCCACAUCCACCAUCGUUUGAACCUUUACGGCAUAAUCCUUGGCGGCUAAGCGCUCCUUGCGCACCAAAUUUCCGAACAACAAACUCUCCGUCUCCAUGUUCUUCGGAAUCGGCUGCACCUGUACAGUUCCCGGAAAAAAAUAGUCCUGAUUCUUCACAAUCCUUGCCACUUGGUUCCAACGGUAUAUACCCAACCUUACUGGAGUGCCGUCGGCCUGGAGAUCAUAGUGAUCUCGCGGUUGAAAAUUGUGACGUCCAAGUUGAAACGAAUAAGAACUUUCCAAAAAAGCCGGUUUCCCCAAGUUCUUCGCCACCUGGAAGCAACAAACAAAGUUUGCUCUCCGUAAAUGACAAUAAGGCGGCUUCAACACCCAAUCGCUUCUGGCGGAACUUGGCCAGGCUUGACUCACUCCAGCCUACCAACUUCCCCAGAUCCCGCGGUGCAGAGGCCUCAGUCACCAGUGCCAAUGGACUUGGUCAGCAUUUUUUAAAUCCUUCGGAUGACAGGCUGCGGUUGACGGACCCUUCGCUAUUACCUCCACCUAAAGUGUGUUCUUUGGCCCGCGAUUGUGUGUCCAGGGAUCCUGGCGUUCACAGUCCUCAUCUUCAAACCGCUAAUGGUGUGAGCCCCACGCAGUUUUUUCAGUUACCUACCUAGUACUCUUUCCUACCCUCACUUUUCUUCCACUUCGGUGCCAAUUUGUCCUUUUUUUCAGUCUAGACAUUUGGACAAUGUACUGUCCUCUUGUGAGCACUAUUUACCAACGGAUGGAAAGUUUGUCAUCUCAGUUUUGUUCAAAGAGAGGGUAUUCUCUAUGUUUCCAUAAGCGGUGGUAUGAGGUUCUGUUAGAGUUUUGUAGAAAUGUGCUUUUGUUCGUUGAUGUUGUAAAUGCUUCAGUUGUACAUAGCGGCUACCUCAGCCUCCUUUCCCCUGUAUAAUCCCCCACACAUUCAACCCCGGUCGCCUUUUACAGGCUUGUAUAUUUUUCGGAGACGCUUUGGGUUCCUCGUGUCACUCAAACACCAGCAUAAUCUGAACGAAG